AGAUUUGUGGAUAUGGAACCCAGAUAAAGGGAUAAGCCUCAAUUCACCUCAACCGCUGGAUCCACAAAAAAUCAAUCAAACAACCAUCAGCUUCCAACGUUUAAUGACAACCACAUGAAUGCUCCAUAAGAUUGAAAUACAAAGCAAAUCCCUGCUGCUCCCUCUUUACACCACACCCAUUUUCCACCCUGAAUCAUGGCUACGGUAACAACACAAGCCUCAGCUGCCGUUUUCCGGCCAUUGGCAUUGAAAACAAGGUUUCUUACUGGGUCUCCUGGUAAGUUAAACAGAAAAGUUUCCUUUAAACCAAUGGAUUCUAAAUCAUCUAGCUCAUUCAGAGUUGAAGCCAAGAAAGGGGAGUGGUUGCCAGGCCUGCCUUCACCAGCUUACCUCGACGGCAGUCUUCCUGGUGACAAUGGUUUUGAUCCUCUUGGACUGGCUGAGGACCCGGAGAACUUGAAAUGGUAUAUUCAAGCUGAGCUUGUGAACAGUCGUUGGGCUAUGUUGGGCGUUGUAGGGAUGAUUUUGCCUGAAGUUUUCACUAAGAUUGGUAUAAUCAAUGCUCCUCAAUGGUAUGAUGCUGGGAAAGCAGAAUACUUUGCAUCCUCAUCAACCCUCUUCGUUAUUGAGUUCAUUUUGUUCCACUAUGUGGAGAUCAGAAGGUGGCAAGACAUUAAAAACCCAGGAUGUGUGAACCAAGACCCUAUCUUCAAGCAAUACAGCUUGCCUCCACAUGAAUGUGGCUACCCUGGCAGCGUUUUCAACCCCCUCAACUUUGCACCGACCCUUGAGGCCAAGGAAAAGGAGCUUGCCAAUGGGAGAUUGGCAAUGCUGGCAUUCUUGGGAUUUGUUGUUCAAUACAAUGUAACUGGCAAAGGGCCCUUUGAGAAUCUGUUGCAGCACCUGUCAGACCCAUGGCACAACACAAUCAUCAACACAAUCAGGGGUUACUAAAUCGAUUUGAAGUUUGAGUUGUAGAUCAAUGUUCCUGUGUUUUGUAAACUCGAGUGAAUGCUUUUCGAGUAAGAUAUAAGCACAUUACAUGUAAACAAGGAACCUUCAAUGUAUAGGGGAACUCCAGAUUGCAUCUAUUUUAGUAUUAUUUAUAUCAACUUCGUUCACAAAUU